AUUAUCGUGUUUGUAAAGCGCACCUCAUUAUAUAAUAACGCCACGUAUGAUUGAACCGGGUGGUCUCGUUAUUUAUUUAUUUAUUUUAUUUUUUUAAGAAACGGAAAAUAUUUGAUGUAGGUUUUUUGUUUUAAAAGUAAUCGUUCUUUAACUAAUACUGCAUUGAGCUGUUAACUGUAUUAUCGGUCAGACUCGGUAAGAAAUAUUUGUGUACAGAACGGCAGCCCAUCCCAAUCCGCGCUUUAAAACGUAUUGUAGUACGACCACUGAGAAGUACGGGGGAAGAGGAUGAUGACCGUUUCAAAAUUGACCCAGAUAAAAUAAACACGAAAAUCGGUCAGUCCUUACAGCGUCCACAGUGGUAGCAGCGGUCUUCGUCUGAAGCAUUACUGUAGCUACGGCAUCGGUGUGAAAGGGAGUGCCUUGUUCCACGAGUAUUUUCGUUCUCCGCGUUUAUUACUCGGUACAGUUUCAAGGUGCACACGGAGAUGCGCUAGCCGGGGUUCCGCACGCGCUCGGUUAUAGCAGCGUUCCAAAGGAAAAAAGGCUGGCGAGCGCGCCCUGGCCUGGGGGGAAAGAGGCCUCUCGCCCUGGGCCUGCCUGGAAGCGAGCUCCUUCGUCUGACGCGGAGCCGGUGCUGGUGCCGGAGCCGGUGCCGGUGGUGGUGAGGACCGCGGCUCGGCCACCGCGGGAAUGGCGGUGCCAUCGGCGCAGGAGUUCCACUGGCAGAGCCUGGCGCGGCUCUCCGGCGGGCGCGUCUACCACUCGCUGGCGGAGGCGGGCGGGCAGCUGUACGCCGUCGGGGGCUGCGACGAGGGCGGGCGCCCCAUCAGCGCCCUGGAGCUGUACUCGCCCGAGGUGGACCAGUGGGUGGGCCUGCCCGCCAUGCCCACCCCGAGGGCCGGGGCGGCCGUGGCCGUCCUGGGCAAGCAGCUGCUGGUGGUGGGCGGCGUGGGGAAGGACCAGCGGCCCCUGAAGGCCGUGGAGAUGUACAACACGGACGAGGGCAAGUGGAGGAAGAGGAGCUCCCUGCGGGAAGCCGCCAUGGGCAUCUCCAUCAUGGCCAAAGACGGCAGGGCGUUCGCGGUCGGCGGUAUGGGGGCGGACCUGCUCCCCAGGAGCAUCCUGCAGCAGUACGAUCUCCGCAAGGACGUGUGGGCCCUGCUGCCCUCCAUGCCCACGCCCCGCUACGACACCACCGCCUACCUGCUGGGCUCCAAGAUCUACGUGGCAGGCGGUCGGCAGUGCAAGCGCUCGGUGAAGUCCUUUGAGGCGUUUGACAUGGAGAGCCGCUCCUGGGCAACGCUGCCCAGCCUGCCCUGCAAGCGGGCGUACGCGGGCGUGACGUGGGACCGCGACGGGCACCUCCACUGGCUGGGCGGGCUCCGGCAGGGCGGCCUCCACCAGCGCUCCAAGUUCACCAACAACGUCAACAUCUUCGACACCCAACAGGGGUUUUGGCGUAAGUCAGAGGACACCGUUUCCAUGAAGACCAAGCGGGCGGACUUUGCGUGCGCUUACCUGCGUGGGAGGAUCGUCGUUGCGGGGGGACUUGGAAACCAGCCGUCUGUAAUGGACACUGUGGAGGCCUUCCACCCCGAAAAAAGGAAAUGGGAAAGGCUUCCUCCCAUGACCACGCCCCGCUGCUCCGCCUCCAGCAUUGUCAUCCGAGACCGCCUCCUCGUGGUGGGAGGGGUUAACCAAAUCCCCAUUUCUGCCCACGAGAUACUGUAUGUCAAAGAUGAGGAGAUUCUUUAGCUGCACCAACUGAGCUUCCAGCACUAAAGCGAGACUUCUUAACCUGGGGUGCCUUUUGAAAGGCAGAGAGUAAAAAAAAAAAAACAGAGUCAUAGAUAGUAUAUUGGGAGAUGUAGUCCAGAACUUAUGUAUGUUAAGUAUGGUUGACCAGUUCUGGACUCCAACUCCCAUCAGCCCCUUUGAAACAUGUUCUAUGGUGUUUUGCCAGUUGGAUGCACUCUUGAUUUCAUGGAAGUCAAAUUACAUUGAGUUUUGUGUCACAACAGCAUUAUGACCUGAGAUUCACAACUAGGAGGAAAGCAAAGACUUGCAAUUUUACAGGACAGCACUGGCAAUAUUUUUCUCCUAAUGUAUGUAACCUACAGGACUGUUUAUUGGUAGCAAUGUCGGUUAAUUCAAACACAUUUGAUGUGCAUUUUCUAUGACCUUCUCUAUGCCUUUACUAUGUAGUCACAUACAUGCACACACACACACACACACACGCCACUGCACACUCAUAAUGUUUGUACCUUGGCUUAGAAAUUAGCUCUCUUGUUUCAAUACAAACACAAUUUCUAUAAUUUAUUUUGGUGGUUGGUGAAUUAGUCAAAUUAUGUUUGUGAAGGAAACUAUUGUUAAUUGUCAGCCAAGAGUUAAUCAAAUUCAAGGUUUUCAGUGACUGCAUCAUGCAUUCAAGCAAAAGGUUGAGAAGACCUUUCCAUAGUUCUCAAUAUAAUAAUAUAGUAAUGUUAUUGAUUCUGAUAAACAAUCUUAACUUGAGAGAGAUUUUUUUUUUCAGGAAAUCUUUGCUUUUUGGUUCUGUUUUUAUAUUUUUCACAGCACGUAUAAUUGUGUUUGCUAUUCAAAAACAAUUACUUAAUGUAGCGACUAUCACAGCACAUAAGAAAUAUUGAAUGCAUUCAUUUAUAAUAAGGUUUAUAGUUCUUGCUAGUUGCGUCAUGUCCCACAGGAUCCUUUAUGCAAUUUAACAGUAGCACUGUCAUUUGGCUGUGUGCAUUUUGUAUAGGUGACUCUAAAAGUUGUGUGUUGGUGCAAAAUACCUCACUUUGGUUUGUCAUUAAUUGCCAUUUUUUCUGUAUCCACAAUGUUAUAUUGUUAUAGUGAGAAUGAUAUAAAUGAUAGUCCUGGUUUAUUGUAUAUUUGUUAUUUAUAAUAGUAAUAAAUUGAUAUUUACACUUCA